GUUUUUUUUUAUCUCACACCCUGCAAAUAGUGAUAUAAUAGCUCCGAUCAUCCUUUAUAUCAAACAGACGCCCCUCCACGUCCCUUGUUGUUUCGAACCGGAGCUGAUGCGGGGAUAUACAAAAUUGCGACGCCAAUAAUUCAGCUACGAUUCGACAGGUAUACCGCGCCAUUCUCGGCUCCGGCAAGAGACUCAGCUGAUCUUAGCUGUCUUGAUCACAUAAGAUCCCAGUCAUGCCGGAAGGCGAAUGUUAGAAUGCAAACGAGGCGUGUCAGGGACCAUCGCUAUAAACUAAUUAACAGACACCAUUGCGCUUCUGAAACCAUUUCCACGGCACGCUGAGACAUCCGGAAUAACCCCAUGAUGCCUGAUAAAAUAAGCUCUUUACCGUUGGAGAUUAUCCUUCACAUCCUCUCUUACCUACCUUUGAAAUCAUUGCUAGCCUUUGGAGAGACAUGCCGCAGCAACUUUGAGUCGCAUACUCUGUGCCUCAGUGGUCUACGGUUAGGUGUCUUUGAAAAGCGCUCUCAUUCAGCUAUCUCCCUACUACGAGCUGGAUGGUUGACACCCGAACAGAUGCUGGAGGGCUUAGCUGAUAACGUUGGGGGCGACAGCCAUAGAAUAUCAAUCGUUCAGUCAGCGGCAAAUUAUGGGACUUCACCGUUGGUCCACAAGCCCCCGGCGAUAGCCAUGGACCUCAAAAGACGAGUACAUCUGACGCAAGAGACAUCCCGGACCCAUGAGCAUACAGUCCAUGAACAAAACAGAAUCUUGGCGCAGGUGGUCAAUCGUUACGGGAGAGGGCUCCGGAAACUCGAGUUCAUGGCAUAUGAUCUCGACGUCACGGGCGCGACGGCUCUGACUGUUAAUAGCCGACAUGUUCUCAACCACCUUGCGCUGCGGUUUGAACAUCCACAUAUUCGUGAUGGCUCCAUGCGACCAAGUGCCUGGCUGAGUCCCGCACCGGGGAGUACUGCGUGGAACUGUCUGAUCGGAAUCGGGCAGCCCACGCAUUCUGGGCCCCGUGGAUUGCAGAGUCUAGUCAUGGAGCGAGCUGGUAUCACUCCCUGGCAGUUAAUGAAGUUGGUUAAAAGAAACCCGAAUCUUAAAGUGCUCAAGUUGAGGACGUGCCGUGGAGUUCAGCCUGAGUUCCUGGAUUGGCUGGGUGGCAUCGAGGGAGAACUCGACGACUCAAACAUGGACGAUGACAGUCCAGCCCCUGGAGCGAAGUUGGAAGUACUCUGGCUGGAAAAUUGCCAUGAUAUACUCCUCUAUCAUGUUGAGAACUAUCCUUACCUACCCGACGAGGCUUGUGACUUGGGGCUUGAGUGGGUGAGAGGUUUGAACAGCUUAAAGUCUCUCUCAUUUAGCGAAAGUGGAAAUCUGCCGCCCGCCUUCAUCAAGCGAGCAAAUGAUACUUUAUGGAGAAUCCCAGAAGUUAUUUUACCAUACACGUCGAAUGGGGACAAGGCCCUCAUCGAAGUUGAUCCACUACGUUCAUAGAUGACACUAUUCUUUGUCUUUGUCAAACUGUACUGGCGCAGCGCGUGGGUGACGAGAUGCCCUUGUAUCUCUUGCUUGUUGUGGGCAGCUUGUUGUGGGCAUAGGAGGCUAGCAAGUUUACGUUCUGUGUUAGAAUACUCUCACUAAUGUUCGAG